GUUGAUAUGCUAUAGGGCUCACGAAUAAUACCUAGGACCUGUUCAAGCCAUGUUUACUUCAUUAGAGGAAAAAAGACAACUUCUAGAAGAUUUAGAAUUACUGGAUUAUGCCAUCACAAAAAGAAUAAAAGUCAAUCCCAAAAUUUAUACUCCCAAAGAUGCUAAAUUAGAUCACCGAAUACUCAUUCCAAACAAAAAAAUAAUGGAUGCUUCCGUAGUACUACAGAAACAUGAGAUUAAAAGCUUUGUCCAAAAAUACGAAGCAGAAAAGAGAAGUUUAGUCAAUUUAUUGCUUGAUGAAGAAUCAAGCUUCCAUGACAAAAACAUUCUCAAACGUCCCGAGUACGAAAAGGGAGAUUUUGCAGAACUUUUUAAGAUGUGUGAAGACAUCUCUGAAACCUCGCCAUCGGUUAAGCCGCAUAGUACAGGAUCAUCAUCCUGUAAAGACUAUGAGAUUUAUGAUAUGUUCUCCUGCAACGCAAACUAUCCCGAGCUAAAACGAAAGAUUGAAGAACUUGAAGAUCCGACAAAUCUAAUCCACAAUCUUUCUAAAAGUAAAAAAACCAAGAGAAAAGCAGAGUCCGCAGAGAAAUACAGAAUUCUAUCCUCUUUUGGCUCAGAUAUUAAGUUAUCACUCAUAUUUACUCCUGAAGAAAUGUAUGGUACACAAGUUGACAUGAAAUCACUAUAUAGAGAGUGGUUAUCGUUACCCAGAUAUACGCCUUUCCCGACGACGGAUAUUCCAAAGUAUAAGACGUUUUUGAAGAAAUUUACCACAAGAGAUGGCGCCAUAAAGAUUGAAAGCUCUGAGUAUAACUUAUAUUUGGAAUUCGUUAUCAAAUAUUUAAAAAAUUUUAUUGACCGGGUGAAUCCAUUGAGUCCAUUGAAAGAAGCUCCUAAUUCAGAAGUACAUUUGUUUUUCCACAACGAUUUUUUCUGUCUUGCUUGUAACAAACAGUUUGCAAAAGACACUGUCUACAAUUCUCAUUUGUUGGGCAAAAAACAUGCUAAGGCAUCACAACGUCUUACUGGAAUAUUGAAGCUCGAAUCGGAAAUUGUGUAUUUGCUAGAGACGUAUUUGAAGGGCCAAUUUGAAACAACUCUACAUGAGCUCGAGCGUACUGAUCUCUUAACGGUACGUGAGCGUGAGCUUGAGAAACGUGAGGUGAAGCCGUUGGAUUCUGGUGAAAUGGCAUCUUUGCCUCAAUAUUUUGGAACUAGCUUCAAGCUGGCCAAUCGGAAUGGCGUCAAUGAUUCAACUGAGAGGGAUUAUGGGUAUGGAAAUGAAGAUGACGAUGAUGAAGACGACGAGAAGUUAUAUAACCCACUCAAUCUACCAAUAGGACCCGAUGGUCGACCUAUUCCAUUUUGGUUAUGGAAACUCAAAGGCCUUGGCCACGAAUUCAAAUGUGAAAUUUGCAAUAAUACGUUGUACAAGGGACGAACAGCAUUCAACAAGCAUUUCAAAGAAUCGACACAUUUGGAAGGGCUGAAGGAACUCGGAGUUCGUGACAACUUUUCUUAUUUCAAGGAUUUGAGCUCGAAGAAAGAAGUUCAACAGUUGUUAGAGACUUUGCAGAGAAAACAUAGAGAACAACUAAAAUUCAUAGAUAAUACAGAGCAGGUAGAAGACGAACAAGGUAACCCAAUGAAUAGAAAAGUUUACGAACAACUACAAAAACAAGGACUUUUGUAAUUUGUUACAUAGAAUUAAAAAUUUUAUACAUUAAUGUAAAUACGUGCUGCUCAUGUAGCUGACUAACUGGUAUCAGCUGUAACAGCAUUGUCCUGAGGUGGCUUCUCCAAAGAAGGUAUGAUAGUUGGUUUGUAUUUUUUCAAAUAACCGAGGCAUUCAUUCUGUAAUUGCCCAUUGUUUCUCUCAACAGCAUAAUUGUACAAAUCACUCAAAAAAUU